AUGUCCAGGAGACCAGACGAGGUCUUGCCGCAGCACAAGCGCAGAGCGGUGGCACUCUGGACAGUCCUGAUAGGGAGCAUCAUUUUAUGUGAGGGCAUAGUUUUCUUUGCCCGGCUGAACACGUCGUUUGCACACGGCGGGGAGUACGAACAGACGAUCCCCGGUGUGGGAAUGCUGACACCCGAGGACGGCUGGUGCGUGGAGUUCGAGACUUCGACAAUUUCCCAAUUUCUCGGGCAAGAACGGAACGCGAGCUACUAUCUAGACUACCUCCUCCUGGAUGUGAGCAUGCGAAAAACGCUUGGGGACAUGUACUGGUAUCCCGGGGGCACUGAGAGCGAUUCGAACACUUGCGUCGUUGAGGGGUGGGAGCCUCACAGCGAAUGGAUGUACGUGAAGCUGAAAGAUCCAGGAUAUCCAGAAUCAGGUCUAGUAUCAACCGGGAUCCAAGUCCCCUACAGCUGCAUCACCAACGUCUCAAGCAGCCACUCCUUCACAUACGUGGGGAUUGGGGUUACCAUCGAGGAAAGGCUAGGCGAAGAACCUGUCGCUACCAACAAGGCGCUGUCGGUAUCGACAGCGACCCACAGGGAUAAGGUGAAUGCGGCCAUCGACAAACCUUACGCCCAGCUGUCGCUCCAGUUCCAGCAGGAGCCCAACUCACUUGAGGUUAUCACUGAAAAUGACCCCUUCGACCUCGCGGAGAUGUUCGGCAACGUCGGCGGCUUCUGGGACCUUCUCAUGCUCGUAUGGCCCAUCUUCUUUGUGGCGGCGUCUAGACAAGACCCUCACCUCAAGCCCCGCAACUUCAAGAAGUCGGUCGCGAAGGGGCUACAAGGCCUCCGAGUAGGCGAAGUAGUGACCCCUUGGACAAGAAAAGAUGGCAGCAUCAAUCCCGAAGACGAGGAAGUGAAGCCUCACUGGGAACGAAAGGGAAGACAGGACGUCGUGGAGUUGGACCAUCCCACUUCCAAAAAGUCGGUCCACCGCGCGCCCGUGUGAGCUGCACUAGUGGAGGCCGGAAAUAAAGCCAGGCGGCACCACCAGAAUGGGAGGGAAGCAGCAUAUGUGGUCCUGCGCCUUCGGCCCGAGCAACCACCACAACCGAAAAUUGAACCUCAUCCACCACACGGCUGUGGCGAAAUGAAAUUGACGUUCCACAAGCAGUGAUUACCCUAGAUGAUGUGUCCAAACACUGGAUUGUGGCUGUACUUAUAUUGCGUUUGUUUUCCGUUUGUAGAAGGUGUAGGAACAGAAAUAUUACCCGCGAGACCCACCAUAACAAGGCUCGUCGAAUGCUUCGGUCAUAGCACACGUUCGACUCCGUUUGACUUUGUAAAUAGUAUCCCUCUCAGUGCCGUCCCCAUUUUUGUCACCAUUGAAAAGUUUUAUCCACUGCUGUGAGGUAGUGUUGUUUCUUCCCUGUUUCUUGUGCAUCGUGCCGUGUCGUCUGUGUUGAAUGGGGUGGCGGUCUCUGUGUCGCAUUGAAAUUUUUGGCUUGUGUCGUGUUGCAGCGCGGUUUUGCCGCGAGUGCAUUGCCUGAUUUUUGUGUUUGCUCCGACGAUGGACAAUAAUUGGUGUGUUUUUUUGCUCGGCGAGCGGCCCUUGAAACAGUUUAUCCUUCUUCCCUUUCGAGACAACCCCGAAUUUUCUGACAAAAAGUAGAUGCAUUCGUGCGCAGACCUUACAUGCC